ACAGACCAGACCACACCCCAGGUGCCCUAACCCCAGAACCAAAUCAAAGUUAAAACUUGGGAACACAACACAACCAAUUUAUCCAAUGACACAUUUUUUAUAUUGACUUUUGAUGACACGCUAUCCAAUCCAACCCGGAUCCGUGAAUAAAAAAAGGCUAGUUUGGCAAAAGAGCAAUUUCCGGUUGACAAAACCUCUUUUCUGGCUUUCAUUUCCGGUCAAGUUUCAACUCUCAGGUUACAUCUCCCACAACCCUUUUUCAAACACCAAUUUCCGGUUUAUAUCUUACUUCGUUUCAGUGUGCUGGAAUCAAUGGGCAGUACACCUGAAGAAGCGGUCGAUUUGAACAAAACAGAGUGCGAGGAGGAGGAAGAGGAGGAGGUGAAGAUAAAGUACAAAGGUGUACGGCAGCGGAAGUCAGGAAAGUUCGUUGCGGAGAUCGGAGAUCCGCAUAAACGCCGUAACAUUUGGUUAGGUACCUUCGAUUCUCCCAUUGAAGCUGCUAAAGCUUAUGAUAAAGUCGCUUUUCAAAUGCGUGGCUCCAACGCCAGCCUUAAUUUCCCACUUCACUACGGCCUUUCACCGGAGGAAUCACCCCAAACUCAAGCUAAAACCGCCGGCCGGAAAAGAAAGCAGGAUACAACUGUAACGCUGGUAAAGACUUCCCCCAAACAUAACGGCAGUCCCAUUAACGCCGUCAAAUUACAUGACGCUUUUGGGCCGUCAGCACACGGUUCCCUCACUUCUCCCCGUCAGUCAACACCGAGGGAGAAUUUUAAGUGGACGGAUCAAUGGCUUUGCACUAUGUGUGAUAUUUUAAACAAACACAUUGCGGACAAUGGUCGAAAUUGUCCGUUUAAUUGGGCUGAUCAUCAGCUAGAAUUGGAAAACAUUUGUCAUCAUAAGUUUAAGACUGUAUUAGCUUUAAGAAGCAAGUAUGAUGCAAUGAGAGUAAGGCAUAAUCUUUGGAAGUCGUUGACGAAUGGUGAAAGCGGUCUUCGUCGUAAUGAAAUUACUGGCAAGCUGGAUUGUUCGGAUGAUUGGUGGGAAAAGAAAUUUAAGGUAAACCCGGAUUUUAAAAGAAUUCGGAGGAACCAACCGUCCAGGGAGUUGCAGGAGGCGUGGGAUCUGUUAUUUGACAACGUAGUUCCCAGUGCGGUAGAUUGUGUAGACCUAAAUAAGUCAAAUCAGGUACAUCAUGUGAAUCUUGAGGAGAAGGAUGAUGUUUCUUCCGAACGCACACUAAACUCUUCUCAGGUUGGAAACCUGGAAACUCAAGAGGUCACUUCUUUUUCAAAUUUUGUAAAUGGGGUGAGACGUGAAGAGGGUCCAGCACCAAACCAAGGUGACAGAUGUACACCGUCUGAAAAGAUUGUCAAAACGAGUCCUGAACCUAAAUCUACUCAGAUGGAGUGCAAGACAACUGAGUCGGAGAGGGCUACAAUGCUUAAGGAGUUUAUGACCCGUCAAAAUGCUACUCAACAAAGUGCUUUGAAAAUGCACGUCAAUCAAGUCGGUGAUUGUAGUAUUAGCGCAUCGAUAGGUGUGAUUAACCGUAUGGUUGAAAAAGGAUUAAUGACAGCAUGUAGUGAGUUGUGGUGCUUUGCAGUGAAUUUGUUUGAGGAUAGUGUGAAAAGAGAGUUGUUUAUGAGUCUGCCGGACGAUGUUGGCAGGCUGGCUUGGCUGCAGUAUAAGCAUAAUCUAGGCAACUAAAGUAAAGUUUCUUUCUAUGUAGCUAAUGUAAGGUAAUGGCUUCAUUUUGUUUUGUUUAUGCCAUAUUGUAGUUUUGGUUUGGAGACUUGCCUUAUUUUGAAUUUGAUGUCUUGGUAUUAUAACUAUUUUUAAUGCUACUUA